AUGCCUAAUAACACCGAGGUCACCAUGUUUGUUCUAAUUGGCUUCACAGACCAGCUAGAGCUACAAAUCACCCUCUUCUUGCUGUUCCUGGCAAUCUAUCUCUUUACCCUAGUGGGAAAUCUGGGAUUAGUUGUGUUAGUUGUGGUUGAUUCCCGACUCCAUACCCCCAUGUACCAUUUCCUCAGUGUCUUAUCUUUCUUGGAUGCUUGCUAUUCCUCCGUUAUCACACCUAAGAUGUUGGUAAAUUUCCUAGCACAGGAUAAGGUCAUUUCCUUUGUUGGUUGUGUUGUCCAGAUGCUUCUCUUUAUCACUUUUGGGGCCACUGAAUGUUUCCUUUUGGCUGCUAUGGCAUAUGACCGCUACAUGGCAAUCUGUAACCCACUGCUCUACACAGCCAUCAUGACUCCUCGCGUCUAUGUGCCUCUCAUCAUUGGCUCAUAUGUAGGGGGUGUGACACACGCCAUUUUACAGACUGUGGCUACAUUUAAUUUGUCCUUUUGUGCAUCCAAUGUAAUCCAACACAUCUUCUGUGAUGUCCCUCCACUCCUGGCCAUCUCCUGUUCUGACACUCAUGUCAAUGAACUGCUUCUUGUCAUCUUUGUGAGCUCAGUUGAAAUCUUCACCAUCCUGGUUGUCCUGGUUUCUUAUGUCUUCAUCUUGGCUGCCAUUCUGAGGAUCCGCUCAGCUUCAGGGAGAAAGAAAGUCUUCUCUACUUGUGGUUCCCACCUGACAGGGGUAGCCAUCUACCAUGGCACUAUCCUCUUCAUGUAUCUGAGGCCCACUGCCAGCUACUCUCUGAGCCAUGACAUGGUGGUGUCAGUAUUUUACACCAUUGUGAUUCCCAUGUUGAACCCCAUCAUCUAUAGCCUGAGAAACAAAGAUGUGAAGGAGGCAGUUAAAAAAGUUGUGGAGAGAACUAGGUUUACCCAUAAUAUUAUUUUUCCAUGUUAG